CGGACGCUACGCCCACUGCUUGUCACUGGCUACGUGCGCAGAAAACACACGGCGCCACCAAAAGCAUAAGUCAGUCGCAAUAAUGGCGAGAUUAAGCGAACAUGGGAUUCGCUUGAGUUCCAUGAGUCCUUCCUUCCUGAACAGCAACUCUACCAGUCACACCUGGCCCUUCAGCGCGGUUGCGGAGUUAAUAGACAACGCAUCAGAUCCCGGUGUAUCCGCUAAGCAGAUCUGGAUCGAUGUAGUUGACGACGCGGGUCAGUUGUGUAUAACCUUCACUGAUAAUGGCAGCGGCAUGACCCCCAACAAGCUGCACAAGAUGCUCAGCUUUGGUUUCACAGAAAAGGGUAUAGGUAGGGCCAGUCAGCAGGCCAUUGGAGUCUACGGGAACGGUUUCAAGUCUGGCUCCAUGCGCCUCGGCCGCGACGCGCUCAUCUUCACCAAAAACGGCGGCUGCCAGACGGUGGGAAUGCUGUCUCAGACCUACCUGGAGAACAUCAAGGCACAGGCCGUCAUCGUCCCCAUCGUCCCCUUCAACCAACAAACCAAGUCUCUGGUGGUGACCGAGGACUCGGAGGCAAGCUUGGCAGCCAUCCUGCAACACUCCAUCAUCUCCUCCCAGGAGCAGAUACAUGCACACUUUGACUCCAUUCUCUCUAAAAAAGGCACCAAGAUUUUAAUCUGGAACAUCCGCAGGGCCAAAGACGGCAAGCCAGAGAUCGACUUUGAGUCGGAUGUGACUGACUUCCGUUUGCCCGAGAUUCAGAUUCAGGAGCUGAAGAAAGGUCUCAGGAACAACGGAACCUUGAGAGUCGAUCAGAACAUCCCAGACAUGCACUACAGUCUCAGGGCGUACCUCAGUAUCUUGUAUCUGAAGCCGAGGACGCAGGUUAUACUGAGGGGGAAGAAGAUUCUGGCUGCGCUGGUGUCCAAGAGGCUGAAACACGUUGAACAUGACGUGUACAAACCCCACUUCAGUAGAGAGAAGGUGAAGGUGACCUUUGGGCUGAACCCGAAAAACAAAGAUCACUAUGGCAUCAUGAUGUACCACAAGAACCGACUCAUUAAAGCCUACGAGAAAGUUGGCUGCCAGCUGAGGAUGUCGGGCCAGAGGGCAGGACUCGGGGUCAUCGGCAUCAUCGAGUGUAACUUUCUCAAACCUGCACACAACAAGCAAGACUUUGAAUACACCAAAGAAUACAGACUUACCCUCGGUGCUUUGGGUCUGAAACUGAACGACUACUGGAAAGAAGUGACGGAGAAGAAGGCCAGAGAGCGAGAGUUUCAGGCUCUAGAGAGAGAUGAAGAGCGGCAAGAAGCUGAAAGCCCCGCGUGGUUACAGUGUGAAGAGUGCCUGAAGUGGCGAAGCGUCCCUUCAGGUCAUUACAGUGUGGUUCCUGACAGCUGGAACUGCAGCCAGAACCCCAAUCCACGCUACAGAAGUUGCUCUUCACCAGAGGAAACAGAAGAAGGCGAGGAGCAGUUAACACCCAGCUACCAGAAAAACCACAAGAAACAUGAGCAUCCCAAAAGCAGAAAAAGAGAAAAAUCAUUGGAGGUGCAGGAGUUUCAGGACCAACAGGACAAACAUCAAAUCCUCUCACGCAGCUCAUCAGAGCCGAGCCAGCCCACCUUCCAGUCCACACACUCACCUGAUCACACAGAGGAAAACACACAUGAUCAGACAGACGCAGACACAAACAUAUUUGAUGAUGUACAGACACAAACUGCACUCCCAGCUGAAGUCACACACACACAACAGAAGCCUGUUGGAAGAGGAACAGUCAUUAAAGACAAGACACAAGUGGAACAUGAAGCAAAUUAUCACACGCAUCAAGAUGAAGAGAGAGACAAAAACACAACCACGGCGACGGUGGAAAGAGAAGAGGACAUAGGCUUGUUAAGAUUCAAAAGGAAAUUAGGAGUAUUAGUUUACUCCGCAAAGAAGAAGCGACAUGUUCUGGAGGAGCGGCAGCCCGGCUCAGAAGAUAUGACCAAAGUGAAGAAUCCUGAGAAACAAAAACACGAGAUAUGGUCCGUAGAGAAGACCACGGUGGACAGCAGCAGCCGAGUAGAGAAACCAGGUGACGCAGCACAGCGAACCUCCACCAGCCUCCCCUGGACCCACUCACUCACCUCCACCCAGACUGUGAUGGUGUCUCCUCUGAGUCGAACAGAAGGGCAGCGGAGCAGGCCACUGCCUCCAGAAGGAAGCGACCGGAAAGCUAACGUGCAGAGGCUGGCUGUGUUGGAGAUAGAGGCAAAGAGGCUGCGGAAGCUUCUGGGUCUGGAGAUCAAAACGACAAGUCAGGGCACGAUGACGACUGACAAGAGCAGCGCUGAGAAGCCAAACAGAGAGCCGGUGGCUUUACCAGCAUCCACAGCAAGCAGAGAGGUCGGCUGCCAAACAGACGUCACCCAGAGCUCUACUUCCUCCAGCAGCACGGGUCAGGAGGUGGUGGUCAUGGCUCAGAGAGCUCUGUGUGGGCUGAAGGAGCAGUCUGACCAGAACAUAUCAAAGAAGGAGAAGACAGAAACUCCUAGCAGGAUCAGAGUCGGUGACAUCGAGGCCCGUGAAGACAACAGAUCUUCACCGGAGAGUCUGCGCAGCAUCCGUAACAACGUGGUGGUGCUUCUCACAGCCCUGCUGCCCCAGCUGGACCUGGCUGGCAUCAGCAUGGAGACGGACGACGUGGACAACAUCCUGCAGCAGAUCAUCGAGGUCAACUCACUGAAACUGUGAUCGGUGCUGUUAGACAUUGUUCUGAUAAACGCUGAUCAUGAGGCUGGCUGCAAGCGCAUAUUGUUAGUUAGUGUUGCAUCAUUUUAAUUCAUUUCUGGUGCUCAAAUAGUUUAAGACACAUAGUUUGUGUUUGCCUUUCUUGCCUGUUUUUAUACAAACCUGAGCCUUUUAAUCCAAAAUGACCUGUUUUUUUAAGGUGUGAUGUUUUGCAAUUUGUUGUUUUGUUGCUGUUUUUUCUGACUAUUUAAAUAAGUUUUAUACGUGUGCAACAGUCAUGCUUGUUUCAAGAUUUAUCCACUUAUCCAGACUUUUCACAUUUGCAUUAAAAUACUAAAACAUCAA